AUGUUUUAUGAUCUGAAUGUCCCAUACAGUCCAGAUGACCCCGAGGCAAUCCACACCUUAAACUUCCUGGCUGAACUUGGUUACACCACCGUCGCCCUGUCCCAAACAAUCACAGGCAAGCUCCCCCCGAGCCUCAGCCCGCCACCUCUCCCAUCGAAUGCGCCAAAGUCCCUCCAGCUACUCACCCGCCUCAACCUUACACUCUCCGACCCCGCGCAAAAUCAGCGGCUCAACAGCUUGACACAGGCUUACGAUAUUGUCGCACUUCGCCCGAGUAAUGAGAAAACCCUUCUCAAUGCCUGCACAAAUCUGGAGUGUGACGUGAUAUCACUCGAUCUUUCUGUGCGACUUCCAUUCCACUUCAAAUUCAAAAUGCUGUCGGCUGCGAUAUCACGUGGUAUUCGUCUGGAGAUCUGCUACGGUCCGGGAGUCACAGGGAGUGGGCUGGAUGCCCGCCGUAAUUUGAUUGGAAACGCAAUGGCAUUGAUCAGAGCUACCCGGGGAGGACGAGGAAUCAUCGUCUCAAGUGAGGCCAAGCGUGCCCUGGGCUUGCGAGCUCCGUGGGAUGUGAUCAACCUGACCUGUGUGUGGGGAUUGUCACAAGAGCGCGGAAAGGAAGCAAUCUGUGAAGAAGCCAGGAAGGUCACAGCUUUGGCCAAGCUCAAGCGCACGAGCUGGCGUGGUAUUGUCGAUAUCGUCCAUGGGGGCGAGAAAGCGAAGGCCGAGAAGCCAACUUCGAAGCAAAAGGGCCAAAACAAAGCAGCAACACCUGUGCUGUCGGAGCAUACAACUGAUACUUUGAAGAGGAAAGCUUCACUUGGCUCCGAGGCCGCCGUGGAACCUGAGAAGCCGCUGUCGAAGCGGGAGAUGAAGCGACGAGCGAAAAAAGCUCGACUCGAACCCCAAGGAGAAGAUGCGAGCUGA